AUGAGACCUCUUUCAGUCACAUCCACCAACAACAGUACCACUGCCUCUUCUGCUUCGGUAUUUACCUCCCUUGACUCAGAAUUGACUUCAGUCAGUACCCAGAUCACCCACUUGUCUCGCUCUACAACCCCUAUCAAAUCUAAUUUCGAUAAUAAACAACCACAACCACAGCAGCUGAUGCACCAUCAACUCCGCAAACCACUAACCCUAAGCUUAUCCCCUCGUGAAAUAAAAUUGCUCAAAUCCAGUUGGAGCUCGAUGUUAAACGACAUCUUCGAUGAAUCAUCCGACUCCUCCGAAGAAGACUUCAACCAAUUCACAUCAUCGUCCACUUUCUCUAAGCACGGCUCUCCCGGAGCUGCUGCAUCGAUGUUCUGCCAACAAUUGUACAUGAACCUCUUGAAUCUUGACCCUCAUUUGACAACAAUGUUCCCAACCAUCCAGCACCAAGCGUCCGCAUUGUCCGGGGUGAUCACCAUCGCUCUUUCGUCGCUUCCAAAUAUCCAUGUGUUUGACGAUUACCUUGCCCAAAUCGGCCGUCGUCACAGCAGAGUGUUAAACAUCGAAACCGCCCAUUUUGAAUUGAUGCUCCAGGCAUUGCUCAUUACUUUCGAAGACAGAUUGUCCGAAAGAUUCACUUUAGAAUUAGAAGACACUUGGGUCAAGUUGUACGGGUACUUGGCUAAUAAGAUCUUGGAAAGUUACGCUGAAGAUUUCAUCUUGGAUCCAAUUGCCGACGAGCCAAUUAGGGCCAUCAUUGAUCCCCUCACCAACCAACUCAUAACCCCAAAUACCAACUCCAAAAUUAAUACUAGUGUUAACAGUUCCGAUCUGGAAAGUUUGUACUCCACCGACUCUUUGUCAGUCAAACACAAACCAUCGCUUCAUUCUCUUAAUACUGUGUUGACCAAUGUCUCCUCCAAUAACACUCCAGUUAUCAAAAAGACCAAUCUGAAUCAAAGAUCGGGCUCAUCUUCUCAUGCUGACAGCGAAGAGCUUAUUUCCAAUGCCCAAGGUAACGGUCAUGGCUUCAAUAGCAAGUUAUCUAAGUUCUAUAACUUCUACAAGCCAAAGGCUAUCAGAUAA